CACGCUGCCGCCGACGCGGGCUCCCUCCGUGCGGGCACGAGCACGCCGCCAUCCUUGGCGUUGUGAGCGCGGCCGUUCCGCCUGGCCGUAGGGGCGGGGCUCUAGGAGAAAAGUGCCAAAGCCGCUGAGAUGAGGCAGUUGAGGAACAGAGAGAUAAGUGAUUUGACCAGAGUCAUACAGCAAUAAAGAGAGGAGUCUACUGGAAAGGAAAUGGCUGCCUCUUCAUCAUCCUCCUCAGCUGGUGGGGUCAGUGGAAGUUCUGUCACUGGAUCUGGUUUCAGUGUCUCAGACCUUGCCCCACCACGGAAAGCCCUUUUCACCUACCCCAAAGGAGCUGGAGAGAUGUUAGAAGAUGGCUCUGAGAGAUUCCUCUGUGAAUCUGUUUUUAGCUAUCAAGUGGCAUCUACGCUUAAACAGGUGAAACAUGAUCAGCAAGUUGCUCGGAUGGAAAAACUAGCUGGGUUGGUAGAAGAGCUGGAGGCGGAUGAGUGGCGAUUUAAACCCAUUGAGCAGCUGCUGGGGUUCACACCCUCUUCAGGCUGAUGUUGCCUUGGAUGGCCACCUCGAGCACAGCAAGUGCAGAGCCAGCAAGGGACUUUUCUUGCAGCUUCCAUAGCCAUCCAGAGAUUCACAGCUACAUCGCUGAAUUGUUUAUUCACCUUCAUACCUGGCUUUUCUAUAUGUGUCCACAGUAACAAAUACUUAUAUGUGUGAUCUUGCAGAGAAAAGUUUGUUUAUUUGUUUUUGAAAGUAUUGGGAAUCAGAUUAAGACAAUCAGUUAUGUAGGACCAGGAGGUUGGUGUUUAAGUGAUAUUUAUAAAACAACACAAGCCAGGUAAGACAGGUGCCAGAAUUAACCAACUGAAUGACUUCUGUCUUUAAUUCAUUCAGCGCCUGGAAAUCCUCACCAUCAUGUCCAACGUCGAGAUCAGUAAUUAUAAAAUACAGCAUUUCUGACCUAAAACAGUUCAUUUUGCAGAUGAGUGUGAUUUCAACUCAGGACCUGUCCAAAUGAGGAAUUUUUAAAUGUUCAUUUUUUUUUUUUUUUCUAUUUGCAAACAUCUAGUUCAGAUUCUGACUUUUUCUAACCUCUUCUAGACAUGCCAAGUGCUGGCAAAAUUAAUUGAUUUUUGAAUGUUGAAGCACUGUAAAAAUCUGCAAGCAAAACCCUUUUAAACACAGAAAUCCUGAGUUCAUGUCAUCUGCGGACUCAAGCAGUUCUGUAGCAAAUAAAUCCCUUGAAAGAGCUCCAAAA